AGCCGUAAUCUCUACCCUCCAUCCAAAGGAUGAAAGCGCAGAGGUUUCUGCUGAGCUCUCCAAUCAAUGGUCGAGGGUUAACGUUACACCAAUUCAUCCUGGGACUUAAUAGCUCCACUAGGUUCAUUGAUCAAAGAAAAUAAAUGAGGCCGAGUGAUAGAUGUGAUAUUCUUGCUGUGACAGCACUCCGAGCUAAGAGAAAAGAGUACCACCAAGAAAACAUCAAAUUAAGAUUGAGGGCUACAGACUCCACCAGGAGACGCAUAGGACAAAGCAAACUACAUGGUUUACCCAUCCCUAGUAUCUAUCUACUGUUACAAAGAUUAAACCCCUAGCCCGAAAAUAUUGUGCUCAAGAAGCUGAAUACCAAGGAAUUUCAGGGUUCUUGUUGUCAUCUGUAGACUUCUUUUGAAUAAACCGGCGUUCUUUUUCUUAGUUUGCUUGGCCGCCAGAUUAUGAGGUCAAGACUAUUGAUGCAUGAACGACGAGCUAGCAAUGAAUCAUCUGGUUCUCUAACAAAAAGGGGGGCAGAAUCAAGACUAAAGAAAAGAUGCCAGUUCACAAUAAAUUUGUCCAAAGGGGUUUGAAUCGAGAGUAUUCCAAGAACUUUGUGUCCAAGGCAAAAAAUUGAAGGAAAGGAAAGUCCUUUGGGAGAAAGAAAACUUGCUAGUAAUAAACAGACAAUUCUCCCGACAUGCAAUAGGAAAAUCCUCAAGAAAAUCUAGGACCCUUUUUCUCUCUAUAUAUAUGCUAUGUUUCAACCCUUUUAGUCAUCAAGUCCUAAAAGACGUCCCGCUCAAGAAACCUUCCAAAACCCUUAAACCCGAAACCCUUCUAAACCUUUCAAACGCUUCUUUCAUUCACUAGGAUGGCAAUGGAGAAGGUACUUGCUUCUGUGGGAGAGAUGAGGCCAAAGACCAAGAUUGUGUGCACACUGGGACCAUCUUCCCGGUCAGUGGAGAUGGCAGAGAAGCUUUUGAGGGCUGGCAUGAACGUUGCUCGCUUCAACUUCUCUCACGGUAGUCAUGAAUAUCAUCAAGAAACUCUUGAUCAUCUAAGGACUGCCAUGAACAACACGGGAAUUCUCUGUGCUAUCAUGUUGGAUACGAAGGGUCCAGAAAUUAGAACUGGGUUUCUGAAAGAUGAGAAGGCCAUUCAUCUUCAACAAGGAAAAGAGAUUACUAUAUCAACUGACUAUACCAUUCAUGGUGAUGAGAAUAUGAUCUCUAUGAGCUACAAGAAGUUGGCUGAGGAUGUGAAGCCUCAAAGUGAUAUCUUGUGUGCUGAUGGAACAAUUACUUUGAAGGUUCUGGCAUGUGACAAGGAGCGUGGUUUGGUACGUUGUCGAUGUGAGAACACUGCAAUUUUGGGUGAGAGGAAGAAUGUCAAUCUUCCUGGCGUUGUUGUUGAUCUGCCAACUUUGACAGAGAAGGACAAAGUGGAUAUCUUGGAGUGGGGAGUUCCAAAUAAGAUUGACAUGAUUGCGCUCUCUUUUGUUAGGAAAGGCUCAGACCUUGUUGAGGUCAGAAAUGUUUUGGGGGAGCAUGCCAAGGAUAUAAUACUCAUGUCCAAGGUUGAGAAUCAAGAAGGUGUUACCAAUUUCGACGAAAUACUAGCAAAAUCAGAUGCCUUCAUGGUGGCGAGGGGUGACCUUGGAAUGGAAAUUCCAAUUGAAAAGAUAUUCCUAGCUCAGAAACUGAUGAUUGCAAAGGCAAACAGACUAGGAAAGCCAGUGGUGACUGCUACUCAGAUGCUAGAGUCCAUGACCAGGUCUCCUCGUCCCACUCGAGCAGAAGCCACUGAUGUUGCCAAUGCUGUUCUUGAUGGAACUGACUGUGUCAUGCUCAGUGGCGAAACUGCAGCUGGAGACUAUCCGGAAAUAGCCGUUCAAACAAUGGCCAAAAUCUGUGUUUCUGCAGAACAGUCCAUAAACUAUAACGAACUUUUCAAGAAAAUGGAAACCGAAGCAAUGCCUAUGAGCCCUCAAGAGAGUUUAGCCUCCUCGGCGGUGCACAUGGCAACUUCCAUCAGGGCAGCACUCAUUUUGGUCCUGACCAGAGGAGGAACCACAGCAAAGCUUGUGGCUAAGUACAGGCCAAGCAUGCCGAUUUUGUCUGUGGUGGUUCCUCAGCUGACUACAGAUUCUUUUGAGUGGUCAUGCAGCGAUGCAGCUCCUGCAAGGCACAGCCUUAUUUAUAGGGGUCUUGUGCCUCUUCUCAGCUCAGGGGUCAUUAGAGCUUCUCAGGCUGAGUCCACUGAAGAGACUGUGCAGUCUGCGAUUCAACAUGCAAAGGCUAAAGGACUUUGCAAGCCUGGGGAUUCAAUCGUGGCUCUGCACCGAAUGAAUUGCAUCGACGUGUGCAAUGUUUUCCCUGUCAUGUGAUGAUCCUUGGGGAAACUUCAUCUGCCGCAUCAUAGUGUUUUUAGGUUAAUCCUUUUUUUUUUUUUUUUGGCAGCAUCCAUGCCAAUUUUGACUUUUAGGGUGUUUAAUUAUUGUUUUG